AUGGCUCUCAAGCGCAUUAACAAGGAACUCACUGAUCUUGGCCGGGACCCCCCGUCCUCCUGCUCCGCCGGCCCCAUCGGAGAUGAUCUGUUCCACUGGCAGGCAACUAUUAUGGGUCCUGGUGACUCGCCUUACUCGGGUGGCGUUUUCUUCCUCACAAUCCAUUUUCCUACCGACUACCCAUUCAAGCCUCCCAAGGUCAACUUCAGUACCCGCAUCUAUCAUCCCAACAUCAACUCCAACGGCAGCAUUUGUCUCGACAUCCUGCGUGACCAAUGGAGUCCUGCUCUGACAAUCUCGAAAGUACUCCUUUCGAUCUGCUCGAUGCUCACAGAUCCCAACCCCGAUGACCCCUUGGUGCCCGAGAUUGCGCACGUCUACAAGACCGACCGUCCACGAUACGAGGCCACGGCUCGCGAGUGGACUCGCAAGUACGCUAUUUGA